GGUCGUGUUUGCGUUAUUUUGCUUCAGUUCCCAGUGCUCUGUCGUUCCUAAUUUUUCGAUUAGUUUUGAUUUUUUAUUCCGAUUUGCGAUAAAAAUGGACGAGGAAGCUGAAAUUCGUAAAUUGUGGAGAAUCCGCAAAACUAUCAUGCAGUUAUGCCAUGACAGGAUGUACUUGGUAACUCAGUCUGAGUUAGAUCAAAAUCUGGAGCAGUUCAAGCAGCAGUUUUGUAGGCCAGGUGAAAGGUGUCCACCACGAUCAGAGCUUAUGGUCCUAGUGGCCCACAACGAUGACCCCACAGACCAAUUGUUUGUAUUCUUCCCUGAUGAGCCGAAAGUUGGUAUAAAGACCAUAAAAACAUACUGCCAGAAAAUGCAAGAGGAAUCUAUUUCGAGGGCAAUCAUAGUUGUUCAGCAAGGAAUGACUCCAUCUGCCAAACAGUCUCUGACAGACAUGGCACCUCGAUACAUUUUGGAGAUGUUCCUAGAAUCAGAACUCCUAAUCAACAUAACGGAGCAUCAGUUAGUGCCUGAACACAUAGUCCUCACUGCAGAUGAGAAAAAAGAACUCUUACAGAGAUACAAACUGAAAGACAAUCAACUUCCCCGUAUUCAAUCGAGUGAUGCAGUGGCUCGAUAUUAUGGCCUUACAAAAGGGCAAGUGGUGAAAAUUGUUCGACCAUCUGAAACGGCCGGUCGAUACGUAUCCUAUAGACUUGUCGUUUAAAUGAAUAUUACCAUUGUAUUAUUCAAUGUUCGUGUUCUCAUGAAAACUAUUUCAUUAUUUUAUAUUAUUCCAUUCUCAUUUAACUUUAUGCUAAAAUGUAUGUAAUUAUUUUUCAGUCUAGAAUGUUUUGGGAAUUAAAAUUUUUGUAAGCUAGCAGUUGACAGUUUUUUCUUCAUUCAUUUCAUUAGAAAUGUAACAUUACAUGCAGGUUCAUAAAAUGUGAUCUGAUCAAAUAAAUGUAACGAAAAUUUGUAAUAAAAAUUCGUCGUCCGAACUGAAAGUUUGUACAUUGUGCGCGUAUUGUACGCUAAUGUAUGGCUAUAUCAAUUGUAAAGACGUACAUAUGCGUGUGAUUGAUGGGCUGAUUCACAGCUUACAUAUUUCCACAAAAAUCUUGUC